AGGAGGGGAGCAGCGCCCUGUUAUUCUCACCCCGGCUCAGAUCUCCCCUCCCUACACUGUCCUCAGACCCUAGGAUGGUUCUCCUCUCCCCCCCCAUGCCUGCAGUGGCUGCUACCCUAGAGCUGGCUGGGAGGGGCCCUGGCCCAGCCUGGUGACAUUGCAGUGGGGAGGGGUCUUUGACUUUUUACCAACAGCUACAAAAACAAGGUGAACAGAGGCCCUGGCGUGAGCCCAGCCAGGGCAGGGACGACACCCGUGCCUGCCUCACCCAGCUCCCUUGGUCCCUGCUGCCCUCCCCUCCCAGCCCUGUGGUCCCUGCCUGCCCAGCGGUCACCCUGCCAGGGCAGGGUCACCCUGCUGCAGAGAGAGCAUGUGGGGGCUGCAGAGGGGAAGGCUGUCACACCUGCCCCUGGAAGGGGGGAGCAGGGGCCUGAGGCUGUUGCAAUCAGCUGCCUGAUAAGGGAUCACCUGGCCUGAAGACCUCCCCCAGGCGGGCUAUAAAAGGGGCCAGGCAGGCUCUGGGCCAGGCAUCCUGCCAUCCCUCCCGGCGCCCAGGAGCUCCUGAUCUCGUCUGUGCCCAGCAGGGUCUGUGCUGCGCCCCUGAAAGACCGGCCCGCCAUGCAACAGCCAGUUCUCCACUUCUGCCUGCUUCUGCUGUGCCAUGAGCUACAGGGCCUCCAGCUGCCCGCCACACCGGGAGGCGCUGCUGGGACCGUCAAGCCCCCAGGGAUGGAAGUGGCCCCCCUCCCCGCUUCUCCCGGCGCGCCCAGCUCCCAUCAGGCUGCUGCCAGGAUGCUGCUUGACUCCCUCCCGGGGCGGCUUCCCCAGCCAGGGCUCCCACGGGUGGGGGUCUCCUGCCAGGAUUUGCUGCCCGAGGCCCUGGAGGGUUUCUCCCAGCUCCCGCCGCUGCCCCAGACCCUCAUCAUCGGGGCCUUAGCCCUCUCCCUCCAAGGGGCCGGCUGCCCCCGCCAGGCCAAGGGGCUGGUGCUGCGGCUCUAUGGGGCGGUGGGGGUGGAGGAUGCCAACGCGCUGCUGCUGGGGAUAGCAGGACUCCCGGGAACCCCCAGGAGAGGCGGGACCCCCCUGCUCUUCAACGGGGAUCAGCUGGCAGGUGUGGGCCCCUGGCGUUGCUCGGGCCUGGCCCGGCUUGACAGCUCCCGGCUGUUGGGCCCGGUGGCCAGCACCCACGGCACCUUCCCAGCCGCCGCCGUGGCCUGCCACAGGCUGGGGUCUGCCUGCGCCGGCGUGACCUCCAACGGGACCACCUCCUUCUUGGUGAUCGGACAGCCUGGCGCCUACUCCCGGCCAGGCCACGGGGCCCAGGCCUGGCUGCACCGGUGCCGCUGGGCAGGAAGGAACCGGCGCGGGAGCCCGGAGGCCUGCAGCAGCAAGCGGGAGCGGAAGGUGCACAGCCUGCUGGAGUGGGUGCCCCUUGUCAGCACUUACUACAACAUGGGCACCAGCAUCUACUACGCCUUCCAGAACUGCACGGAGCUGGCCAAGGAGCGGGGCAUCGAGGCGGCCCUGGACCUGAGCUACGACGUCCUCCUGGGGCUCGUGGGCGGGCCAGCGGGCAGCUUGGGCCUCGGCAUAGGCAUGGGGCUGAAGCCGGCCAUCAAAGUGGGGGUGCGGUCUCUGAUCAGCUACUUCCGGCAGGUGGAGCCGUCCGACGCCCUGCCCAUGAGCUCCUCCAGCCCCGUCACCACGGCCAGCUCCUUCGUGCCGCCAUCGGUCUGGGUGUGAAUAAAGCGGGGCGCUGCCCAUUCCUUGA